UCAUGACUCUUUAUUCCUCGCAUCGCAUGAUGAUGUUGAUGGUCUUUUUUUGGGGGAAAAAUAUCUAUACACAAAGAAAUACAGAGAUGAAUAUGAAUAUAAGCAAUUGCCUACAGCUAGUGAGCAUGAAUGUGCUGCAGUAUAGUUUAGACAACUAUUUUGUACAAUAUUAAACCAAGCGCCGCGUGUGAAUGAAAUUAAAAGUUUUAAAGGAGGAAAGUCAACGAAUGAGUGGCAAAAUUUAUUAUUAUUUAAAGUGAAGAAAAGAAUAUCAUAAAAUUUAAUAAUAAUUGAUGAUAUUACAGUGAAAGAAAAUAUAAAUAUACAGCAAAAGUAAUACAAAAGAAGAAGAAGAAGAAGAAGUAAAAAAGUUGUGAUCAGUGAAAAAAAAAAAAGAAAAAAAAAUCUGGCAAAGGAAAUUUUGUGACGUUACAUAAAAAAAAUUCAUCCAU